AUGAGACCAAGAAUUGAAGAAGAGUUGAAUCGUCUCGAAAAAGAAGGAAUAAUUACAAAAGUACCACAUAGUGAUUGGGGAACGCCUAUUGUAACUGUAACAAAACCAAAUGGUCAAAUACGUCCCUGUGGUGAUUUCAAAGUAACUGUUAAUCCAGCUUUGAAGAUUGAUCAAUAUCCAUUCCCAAGAGUUGAAGAACUGUUUGAAAUUUUAGCUGGUGGACAAAAGUUCACAAAAUUGGAUUUGAAAAAUGCUUAUUUGCAAUUAGAAGUCGAGGAAGACUGCAAACAUCUACUCACAUUGAAUACACACAGAGGACUGUAUCGUGUAAAUAGAAUGGUUUAUGGAAUUGCAUCAGCUCCAGCUAUCUGGCAACGGGUUCUGGAACAAAUUUUGCAAGGAUUGCCUAAAGUGGCAUGUAUAAUAGAUGACAUGAUCAUCACUGGAUCAAAUGAUGAAGAUCACCUCAAGAAUGUGGGAAACGUCUUAAAGAGUUUAAAAGAAUAUGGGGUGAGACUGAAUUUAACAAAAUGCGAAUUUAUGAAAGAUCGUAUUUUCCUUCAUUUGGCCAUGAUAUUGAUUGUAACGGACAACAUAUGA